UAUUUGAACAUAUACACAUUCGUUGUCUGACAUUCCCCCUUUGUCGGGGUAUGAGGAGGCCAUUUCAGGGCAUAUUUAAACAUAUAAAGGAAUAAAAACUCUGAGUACCUAACAGUGACCUCAUUGUUGAGGAAUAAUAAUAUCAGGUGAAUUCGAGUCGUGAUCCGUAAGCGUGGAAGGCCGGUUGGCAAAGAUCGAGUUCCUAUAUCUCUGGAUGAGCGUCGGGCUCGCAAUUCAGCGUAUGAAAAGGAGCGUAGAGUUGAAAUGAAGGAAAAUAUAGAAGAAUUGGCGUUAGCUGUCGGUCUACAUGAUAAUGUGACUCUUCCGAACUUGCUGGCCGAGGUCAUCGCAUUUCUCCAUACGUCGACGGCGCGCGACAAAUAUUGGGACGCAGACAGACUACGAAAAUGCAAUGACAACCUCGCGUCUCAAAUUACAAUGUUGGAGCUACGUCUCGCCGCCGAACCAGACCCGAAGACUACAUGUCCCACGAAGAGGAAGGUUGAGGAUUGUGACUGGUCAAGUCCACCCAGCAAGCGCUUCUUACCGAGUCCAUCACAGGAUCCUGAGCUUUCACCGUGCAAGUUGCAACGACGUCCAGUUUCCGAGCUUCAUUGCCCUUCUAUGCUGGACUCGACUCCACAGCUACAAGCAUUACGGCAUGGGGACGACGCCUUCGUUUUCCCGUUACCUUGUAUAGAGGAACGGCUUUCACCAGCACGGUUGCCGGAAGCGUCGAUACCUGACGUUGGGUUAUCGUCAUCCCCCCUCCCUACGCCAUCUCCAUCAUACUGCAGCAUUGUAGAGCCAAGUGUAAAGAAUGAAGACCACGCUGGGAUGGCCACUAUUUGGACAUUGGAUGCUACUGCGGGCUCACGGAUAUCUUUGGACCAGUUUGAUCUUUGGGCAACGGAAGAAGAUCUCGUCUCGCUGUAUUUGUGAAUAUCACUUUGUAAAUUAUUUCUAUUAUUGUAUAAUUGGACAUGUUAUAUUAU